AUGUCAACUGGGUUGAGCUAUACCUCUCCCAACCCGAGUGAUUUCAAUACCUCUCUAGGGGCGUCAUGGACGUCACAGCUUGACGAUUCUACAAUGGCUAUCUCAGAGACAGCCACUCCUUCGCCCAGCACGCAGGCCCCCAGCAAUCCGGCCCCUGUCGACAAUAUCACUCCGGCCCAGCGAAUGGUGUCUGCGACUGCCGGCAAUGUCUUGACCGGAUUACUAGUCACACCUUUGGACGUCGUGCGAGUCCGUUUACAAUCUCAAUCUCAAAUCCAUAAUACCUCACCCUUUACCUCCCACACCACACAAUCCUUGAAAAAUCCCCCUCCAAAUCUCGGCAUCACCUCCUGCUGUCGCGAAGUCUUCUGGGUCGGCAACGAUGCGCAGAUGUGUAUGCUAGGGCCCCAGGCCGCGGCUGUCGGGAGUCGCCCACACCCAGCGAUCGAUUGUGCGAUCGAAGAAUCCCAGCGACGGACUUUCACCUCCACCCUUGACGGGCUCCGGAAGAUCGCACGCAAUGAAGGAACCCUGACGCUGUGGCGAGGACUCAGUCCAACUUUGAUGAUGGGUAUUCCAGCCAACGUCAUCUAUUUCGCAGGAUACGACUGGCUGCGCACAGACGACCGGAGUCCUAUCAAGCAGCGCUUUUCCCCAGGCUAUGCGCCGUUGAUCGCAGGCGCCUUCGCCCGGGUCGCAGCCGCAGCGGCAACCAGUCCACUGGAAAUGUUCCGUACCAGGCUGCAGGCGACCCCGGGCACAGGGGCGGGCCAUUUCAAAAAUACCAUCAAAGACCUCCACCAGAUGACUCAAGCCAAGGGUUACAGUUCUCUUUGGCGCGGUUUCACUCUGACUAUGUGGCGCGACGUACCUUUCUCAGGCCUUUAUUGGUGGGGAUACGAGGAAGUCAAGAAGAUGCUGAUCGCGACGCGCCAACAGGCGCAACAUCUCUCGGGCGAGGAGGAAACCACAGCGCAGGCUUUCAUCGACAGUUUUAUUUCUGGAGCCGUGUCUGGGUCUUUAGCGGCUCUUGUCACCACUCCAUUUGACGUUGGAAAGACGCGACAACAGGUUUUCCGGCAUAUGGAUGACCAUGUGCCCACUGGCCCCCCUCCCCGCACGGCGCUCCCCCCGGGCAUUUUAGCGCCCGAACAACUCUCCCUGCCAAAGUUUCUCAUGCACAUUUUCCGUGAAGAGGGCACAGCCGGUCUCUUCCGCGGUUGGACGGCACGCUGUCUCAAGGUGGCCCCGGCCUGCGCAAUCAUGAUCUCCACCUAUGAACUCGGAAAACGCAUGGCCCGCGAAAUGAUCAUCCAGGCAACAUAUGAGGCUCGUGAUUUAAAUGUCUUUGGCCCCCGCGAGACAAUUUCCCCCAACAUGUUCAACAUGACUUCACGACCCCCUGUGGAGCGAAAGCGUCCAUGGUUUGAACACGUCGCUGUCACUAAAGACACUAAUGUUGAUAUUGUCGCGGUUCCGCCCAUCGGCGCGCAACACCGUAAGACAUGGACUGCCCAUGGGGCGCAUUCUUCCUGGCUCGAUACACACUUGCUCCAACAUGUUCCCCAGGCUCGGGUACUGCUCUACGGCUAUGGAGAACUAGGCGACGACAAAAUCGAUACAUUGGGUCAGCGGCUACUCAACCAACUCCUCGACGAGCGCAAACAUGAUACACCACGACGCCCGAUCUUCUUUGUCUGUCACAGCACUGGCGGCCUCGUGGUAAAAGCAGCCCUGGCUCUGGCGUCGCGGGCCGAGCCGACCCAGUCCAUUCUCAACGGCUGCCAUGGCAUUGCCUUUUUCGCAACCCCUCACCAGGGAUCAACAUAUCUCUCCGCCGACGAGUAUGCCACCAGUAUUCGCCAUCUCUUGCAUCUCGAGCGGGAAACCCCCGUAGCACUUCGGAGACAAUUUCGUCCACGUCAAGAGCGACUGUGGCAUCUGUCCAAUCAGUUCAAGACUCUUUCUGCAGAUAUGAAAGUAUGGUCUUUUCUCGAAACUGUGGACUCGACUAUGCAUGUCGUCGACGCAGAGACCAAUAAUAUGCUAGAGUUCCAUGUCCCUAUUACUUCGAUCCGAUCUGGAUUACUGGACAUUGAACACGAGACCGAACUACCCUUGGCAACCGAUCACGCCGGCACAGCAACUUUCCACGGCCAAGAUUCAACACGUGAAAGAUUCCUCAGCGAGUUGAGCAGCACUGUGAACAUUGCAGUUGAUUUAUCCAAGCGUGAAGACACGCCGUUGGGCGUGGAGCAAAAGGUCAUGGUUCAGAUAAACGGUUUCUUCGAAGACACAGCGUUAGGAGUCAGUGAUGAAUGUCCGCUCAAGCUUUGGUCAACCAAGGUGACUUUAGAUGAAUAUCUGUCCCGGGGACCAUCCACCUGUCUUCGUGAGAGACUAGGUCGAGUACAGCCCACUGGUUUGGACGAUUCCUCAAUCAGCAGCUUCGAUAGCCCACGCUCUUCAUAUAUCGCCUCUAGUUCGGAUUGGCAUAAUCAUGAGGCACAUACCGAGGAGAAACCACGGACUCUACGGCCUCCGCUCCCAUAUCGACCAAGCUUCGAGGAUGGGUCUGGUCCAUCUCCUCGGAUUCAUAUCACCGAAGCCGAUAUGGAUGAGUACUUCAGUGCUGCGCCGAGUGAAAGUCCCCCACCUCCACGAGAGCGAAAACGAAAGAACACAAUCUCAAAAGCACUGGGGCUGAUUCCUCUCAAGCGCUCUCACAGACGAAGUACAUCCGACAGCAGUUCCCAGGGCAGCGGCUCGCGACCAACAUCGAGCUCCACAUCACAGCAAGUGCAGAAUGCCUUCCUAAACAUCCCAAAGUCGACGCGCGAUCGUAUCAACCAGCACGCAGAGGCUUCCGAUACACCUCGAUCAGUCCCGCGAUUCGAUCGACCCGAGCCAGACACAGAAAAACUCAUGUGGAUUCAUGUGCCCUAUACACAUACCGGCUGGGUUUCGCAAGUCAUCCGGCGAGCGUGCCAGGAUACACAAGAGCCUAAUUUUGUCAGGAAGUUCAUCAAUGACGAGAACUGGUAUCUUCGGCUGAAUAGAGCUCGUCACCUCGAGCCUCACGCGCGAUUUGUUAAGCCUGCAUGCAUUCAUUCGAGACAGAUGGAAACUUCACCGGGUACACGGGCUUCCUGGGAUGAUCCUCAGCUUGCGCUAUAUGUUCCAUAUCUCCAUUGGGACUCAUAUCGCAACCUAAUUCAGCGGCGAAAGGUAGUUGAAGACAGGCUCCGUCAAGGCCGUUCAAGACCCAUACCGAACCGAAUAUCGAAAGCCAGCCUGGAAGCCCAACUCAUCUGGACAUAUCUAGGUUGCGAGCCACCAGUGCAUCUCCGUCGCACACUAGAUCAAUACGGGUAUCCGAAUUUACGAUCAACCGUUGCGCGUGACGACGAUCAGAUGCUGUGGAAGCGAACCCGCAGAAAGGCUCAUGUCGAUGAGCAGUUGAAUGAAUAUUUGGAGUCUGCACAAGAUGAUCCAGAAAACGAAACUGAGCAUUGCGAGUUUAUGGACGGGAAUGUGUUGAUGGUUGAUCAGCUGUGGUUGUGGAUUGUUGAUGAGAAGACUGUUAUUACAUUCUUCCCUAACCAGGAAGCUACCACUUCAGAAGGGAAGUUGUUUGAGCAGUCGAAUCUGCAUAGCAGUAUCUAUAACGAGUUGAAUGGAGAUUUGGCUCGUCGGUUUGAAACUGCCGGUGAUCUGGCUGCUUUGAUCAUGCUGCAUGCGACGACUGUUCUUCUUGACAAGACUUUGCAUCAUGAUUUGCAGGUUUUGCGCAUAUUUGAAGAAUCUAUCAGCAUCUUGACUGAGUCCGUGACGAAAUCAUUCAAGCGUUUCCGAAACCGAGGAUUCACCAAUCGACCAGCAGACCAUGACCGCACAGCAGACGGGAAGAUAAUGACAGCUGCCCAACGUGAAUACCGCGAACGCCAAGUCGCCCGAAGAAAUCGAGAAGACCUCUCUGUUUUGCUUGAGCUACGUGACAUUGAAGAUGAGCUGGGCACUAUCCUCAAGCUACUUGAUCAGCAAGACGGCGUGAUCCAAAGCAUGACCAAGUACUUCGACGACCGAGGAGAUGGAAAGUCAUUCCUUGAUCUAUCCCAGGCACGGAUCGAGGAAUAUCGAUCCCAGAUCAGUGAAAUGAAAGAGAACAGUCACUUGGCUCAGAAAGCUGUCGAAACCCUCCUUGAUCUCAAGCAGAAACAAGCAAAUGUCGACGAAGCCAAAAUGGCACGGUGGCAAGCAGAAGUCACUCAAACCCAGUCCCGAGCAGUGAUGGUCUUCACCAUAUUCAGUGUAGUCUUCCUCCCCCUCUCCUUUUUCACCUCACUAUUCGGAAUCAACGCCCGCGAAUGGAGCGGCGAGCCCACAAAUCCAACCCUAGGCACAAUGCUCGAGAUAGCAGCCCCAUCCUCAUUCGCCAUAAUAUUCCUCUCCCUCCUCCUCGCAUUCAGCGAAACACUCCGCGAAAUAGUCUCGAAAUCACACAAGAUCAGCAUCGGGUUCACAAAGGAGUUCAUUCUCCAUCCUGUCCAGACACUUCUUCACUGGGACACAAUUACAAGCAAAAUGCCUACCCUUGUUGUCCCAGAGGAUUCGGAAAUGCGAAAACGACUCGAUGAUUAUCUUGGCUAUAGGCGUCGGAAUAUGCAGCUUGAUGAUGAUCUUUGGAAGAGGUGGCAUGAUAAUUUGCAUCCGCUUGUUACGCAGCCGAAGGUGAAGAAAGGGAAGUAUAGAGUUAAUCGGGAUCGGGGGGAGGUUUAA